AUGGCUGAGCCAUACACGGCCACUAUCACCCCGUCCAAGACGAGGACCAGUAUCGAUACAUUAAUGGAUCGGCUGGGUGUGCUUGAUAUAAACGAUGACCCAGUCUCCCAGAAACCGAAACCUCAGAGGCGACGGACAAAUCAAAGCAGACCUAGUGAAAAGCCUCGACCGAAGAAAACUACGUUCUGCUGCUUCCAGAUCGUAGAGGACAGUGGCGAGGAUGACAGGCCGGUGCAAGUUCACCGACCGAAACCCUCCCGUCCAACAAACGGCGUCUCUUCUGCUCCAAAUCUACCCCAGAAGAUCCAAGUGCCUGCUUCGGCCGGAAGACCACAACAUGGGCGAAUGUCAUCCGUUCCUCAAACACAUCGGCCCCCCUUGCCAGACACAGGGAAGACUGACUCGCAAACGAAGACGCUACUCUCAUGGAUCCCAUCUGUGCUUCCACCACAAACAACCUCAAUUCUUCUAACAGAGCUAGCCAAACCAAUCUCCGACGCUGACGACGAAGGCUAUAUCUAUAUGUUCUGGGUGACGCCCCCAACUACCACCGCACAACGCAGCGUUGACUCCACAGCACCGAGAGACAUAGCUUCUUCUCUGCUACCCGAGGCUCCACACAGCAAUCAUCUCCGUCCAUCGACCCAGCCACGGAGCGUCAAUGAGGCAAUCCGUGCAGCACAGGAUAUCAACGCCCUCACCUUCAACCCAACGUCAAGCGCUCCUGGCACGCUGAGAUUGAAAAUCGGACGUACAAGUAAUGUGCACCGUCGACUCGCUGAAUGGACUCGACAGUGCUCCUAUGAUCUCACUUUGAUCCGGUACUACCCUUAUACGCCUUCUUCUUCCUCAUCUUCCCCUGCUAGAGUGCCCCCGUCUCAGGGUCCAAAUCAAGCCCCGUCCGCCUCGUUAGUCGCGGGACGAAAAGUCCCGCAUGUGCAUCGCGUGGAGCGCCUGAUUCACCUUGAACUAGCGAGUCUGCGGGUGCGAGAUCUGGGACAGUGUCCGGAAUGCGGGAAGGAGCAUCGGGAGUGGUUCGAGGUCGAGGCAGAAAAGGAGUCUCUCCGUCGGGUGGAUGAAUGUAUUCGACGAUGGGUCACCUGGGCGGAGUCGGUGGCUUGA